CGUGAGUGCAUCUCUGUUCACAUUGGCCAAGCCGGAGUUCAAAUCGGCAAUGCAUGUUGGGAACUCUUCUGUCUGGAGCACGGCAUUCAGCCAAAUGGCACCUUCAUCGACCAACCCAGCAAUGAUGACUCUUUUGCCACAUUCUUCAGAGAGACAAGCUCUAGAAAAUAUGUGCCCCAGGCUAUUAUGGUGGACUUGGAACAAACUGUAAUAGAUGAAGUGCGGACUGGCACCUACCGGCAGCUUUUCCAUCCAGAACAGCUGAUCACUGGAAAGGAAGAUGCAGCAAAUAAUUAUGCACGUGGCCACUACUCUAUUGGCAAAGACAAAAUUGACAUGACAUUAGAUCGUAUCCGCAAGCUGGCUGAUGCCUGUUCCGGGCUGCAAGGAUUCCUGAUCUUCCACAGCUUUGGUGGAGGUACCGGCUCUGGCUUUACUUCCUUACUGAUGGAACGCCUCUCCAUGGAUUAUGGAAAGAAGUCCAAACUGGAGUUUGCCAUCUACCCAGCCCCUCAGGUCUCCACUGCUGUGGUGGAGCCCUACAAUUCCAUCCUGACGACGCACACCACCCUGGAGCACUCGGACUGUGCCUUCAUGGUGGAUAAUGAGGCCAUCUAUGAUAUCUGCCGCCGAAACCUGGGCAUUGAGCGCCCCACUUACACUAAUCUGCACCGCCUCAUCGCUGAGCCCAACAACCAGAUGGUGAAGUGUGACCCAAGGCAUGGGAAGUACAUGGCCUGCUGCAUGCUCUACCGUGGCGACGUAGUUCCCAAAGACAUCAACAUAGCAAUUGCUGCCAUCAAGACCAAGAGAACUAUCCAGUUUGUUGACUGGUGUCCAACAGGCUUCAAGGUUGGGAUCAACUAUCAGCCUCCUACAAUUACACCAGGAGGAGACCUAGCCCAGGUUGAGAGAGCAGUCUGCAUGCUGAGCAACACCACGGCCAUUGCAGAUGCCUGGGCAAGGCUCGAUCACAAGUUUGAUCUGAUGUAUGCCAAGAGAGCUUUUGUGCAUUGGUAUGUUAGUGAAGGCAUGGAGGAAGAAGAAUUCACAGAGGCCCGAGAAGACCUGUCUGCUCUGGAGAAGGACUACGAAGAAGUGGGAACUGACUCAUUUGAAGAAGAAAAUGAGGGAGAGGAACCUUAAAAUUCCUCUGAGUUGCAAACACGAAGAUUUCUCCAUGAGAGAAGCUGCUGCUUUCCAAUGCUGAGCUAAUGCAGAAGGAGCAAACAAUAAAAUGGUGG